AUGCAAGUUCAACCUGUACCAGAAGAAUCCGUUAGUUUAUUAGAAAGCACACCAAAAAGAAGGAAAGGAGGUUGCAUACCUCUACAUGCAUUUGUCAUGAUAACAAUUUCUGUUUUGAUUUUGAGUGGUUGUCUUUUAGUUUGGCUUUCGUCUUUCAUUGUUUCAUCCUAUUCGAUUCAGAAUUUGAAUACGAAUUUGAUAGACGAAUCUGCACAAAAGAUUAGUAGAACACUUGAAGGUUUUUUGAGUCCAGUUGGAAAGAUAACGAGAAUGAUGGCUCGUGACUGGAAUAAGGGAGUCGUCACAGUUUCGAAUAUGAGAGACUAUUUACAUCCAAUCAUUGUAGAGUUUGGCUUCACCUCAGCUGGUUUCUUUUUCAACGAUACCUAUUCGUAUAGAUAUGCUUUUUCUGUUCAGGGAACUGUUAGUUCAUUAUUUUGGGUUUAUGUAAGACAAGAUUAUGGUCAAGUAAUUUCUUACAGAGAUAAAGUCAAUAUCACCACAGGAGACGUAAUCGUUCCAAACUUUAUCAAAGUUGUUCCUCAAGUAGUUAACACUUUCGACUAUUGGCUAUUUAUGGUAAACUAUACCAGAGACACUGGAAGCGAAGGCGCAUUUGGCGAUCCUUCUUUUGCAGCUGGUUCUGGAUUUGCUCUGACCUACACUCAAUGGGUCUAUGAUCAAUUUCUCUGGAAAAACCAAACGAAAAAGAGAUUUAUUGGUCUAGCCAAAAUCAACCUGUCACUUGACUAUAUAGUUCAGUAUCUUUCGAGUAAUAUUGAUUUGAUUGGUGAUGGUUAUGUGGUUGUUACAUUGAAUAGUGGAAUUGUAAUUGGUGGUUCAAUUAAUACAACUGUGAAUGAUGGAACGACAGUUGCGAAUAUUUUUGACAUUGAGACAAGAAAAGCGGGAAAAACAAUUAAGAAAUUUUACGAAAUGAAUGGAAAUACCUUUAAAAACUUUUCGUCGAAAAGUUUGACAGUAGAAAGUGAAGGAGUGAAAUAUAUUGUUUCACCAUUCAAGUUUAGGUAUGAAAAUUUGGAGUGGAACAUUUUCUUUGUUUUAUACGAAUCUGAUGUCAAUGCCCCAAUGGUAAUGAGUUCUUCCAUAAGUGUUGGAAUGACAGUUCUAAUUAUCAUUGUCGGUUUAGUGGCAAGUUUAUUGACUGGUUGGUUAGUGGCAAGUCCAAUGAGAUUCUUAGAGAAACAAUUCGAAUUCAUACGAGUCAUGAAAUUAGAAAAUGUCAACAUGACAAAAUCAUCCCCAUUCAGAGAAUUUCAUUCCAUUUACGGUAAUUUAAAUGAUACAGUCAUGUGGCUUAAUGAAAUUAAGGCUUUCAUUCCAGAACAUGUCUUUGCUCAGCUUAAUCAAAGUGAGGAAAUUUCACUUCCACCUCCAAAAGAAACCAAAAAGCAUGCAAAGAAAGAAACCGAAUUUGAAGAUAUGAAUGCAAGACAGUCACGUUCAAAUUUGGGUUCAAGUCAAGUUUUAAGUUCAGGAAGUGCCGUUAGCCACUUAGCAAGAAAUUCAUCAUUCAAAUCUCCUUCCAUUUUCAAGACUGGUUACUUAAAGAAGGGAUGUGCCUUUGUACAUGUCAAGUUGGAAGGUCUUUCCAAUAAGGAUACUAAUUUCAUUUCUUCCUUUUUUGAGAAAUUCAUGUCCUCAGUGGGUCCAAUUAUUAAGGUACAGCAGGCAAAUAUUCAGUUUAUUACAUGUGAUGAAUUUGAAUUCUCCAUUACAUCAAAGUAUGUGGAGGGCAAACUACUGGAGAAGACAAUCGAAUGUUGUAAUAAGAUUGUAAAGACCAUUGAUCCAAAUGAUAGAAUUCAGGCAAGAAUUGGAAUUUGCUGUGGAAUGGCUGAAGUUGGUAAUAUAGGGACCAAAACAGCAAGAUUCUACUCUGUCCAUGGUGAUGUUCCAAAUUGUGCCCGUUACUAUUCUGAUCUUGCAUGUCAAUACAAUGUCAAUAUGAUAACAGAUGACAAGAAUUUACCAUUGGACAACUUUAUCACAAGACCACUUGAUAGAAUUCAAAUUCCUUCAAAUGUAGUAUUAACUAUUUAUCAAAUAAUUGCUAAGAAAAAUCAGGAAAAUGACGAGUGGCUUUAUGAAUUGGAAAAUAAUAAGCUCAAUGACAAGUACAAUGAAUAUUCCAACAUAUUCAAAUUAUUCAGUAUCAGUGAUGAUAAUUAUGAUGUAGCUCCUCUCAUUAAUAGUGCGAAGGAAAUACUGGAUCAAUACAAACUCAAAGGUUUGGACGAAAGUGAUCUUUCCUUUUCCAAUUUGAGAAACUUGUUGCAUGUAUUGAGCCAAUCACCAAAGCAGGAAGCUCUUUCAAUACUACAAUCUUAUUCGAACACACUUGUGAAGGAAAUGAAAUCAAAUAAAUUAUAA